ACGUCAUUGUUCAAAGCCGACGGGUUGUAUCCCCUGCUGCACUAGACCCUAAGAGCCAUAAUAGGCCUGGCCACGGGGCUCGCCUUCUCCAUGUGGGUCGGCUUCGGCGUCCCCCGGCCAGACGCAGUAAGGCUGCCCACCAGGAGGGACGGCUGCGACUUCAACAUUACGGCCACACCGCCGCCACCCACCCAGGACUCCAGCGAGUACUUCUACCUGCACUGCGUGUCGUACCUGUGGGUCGUCGUGCUGGGAUUCCUGCUGACACUCAUCGUGGGUGGCGGGUGUCGCCUGCGAGGGGGACCGCAGCAUGCCGCCGCCAGACCCCGACCUCUUCGUGCCGCCAGUCCGGUGGGCACUGCUCGCGAGGAGAGGGCGCAGGGUGCUGAUUUGUGGGUUCCCAGCCUGAGACAUUCCAGCCUUCUCUACAGAGGCUGCAACAACUUGGUCUAUUUAUUUUCUAGUUUUGUAAAAAAGGAAAAAAUUAUAAACACUCAGUAUUGCUCGGUUUGCAAUAGCUGUGCUUUUUAUUCUCAGUUCUCUUCUGUUCAGCUGAAUUGCUGCAAAUAAUGAAGCGCUCCAACUGAAGUUAACUGGUAUUGCAAUACUGCGCAGUGUAGAAACUUUCACAAAUGUAACAUUUCAGUGGCCUUAUUAAAUAUGGGCAAUUGCUUACCUGGUAAACUGUGAGCAAAAGUAUGACAAUAAUUAUUACAAUAUUGGAAAAAGUUCUGACCAGGAAAUCAAUAAUCGUGUGAUGAAGAACAAUACUACAGGACGGUGGAGGCAUUGGAUGGUGUAAAGAUGGCUGAAUAAUAUUGUUGAAUGGCAUAGAAAAGAUGCCUCCAAAAUAAAACUAGUUGCCUAUAAAAGGUCACAGUUACAAACCAAUCACAAA